UUAGAUGCUCUCCAAGUCCUUGGCUAUGGAGUCUUUGGCUCAUCCUGGUGCACUCAGCUUGCCUGCUGGAGUUGCUUGUGGCAUAUGCCUGGGAUGGGGCCUCAGGAUGUGCUUUGGGAUGCCACCCACACGCCUGACAAGUGAGCCGGAUGCAGAGACCAGAACUGAAGCAAGCAUCAUGGGAAAAGGAAAAGUUGCUGCCCAGUGCUCUCAUGCUGCUGUUUCUGCCUACAAGCAAGUCCAAAGGAAAAACCCUCAAGUGCUCAAACAGUGGGAAUACUGUGGCCAGCCCAGAGUGGUAGCCACAGCCCCUGAUGAAGAAACCCUGAUCAAAUUGCUGACCCAUGCAAAAAUGCUGGGGCUGACUGUAAGUUUAAUCCAAGAUGCUGGACGUACUCAGACUGAACCAGGCUCUCAAACUGUCCUAGGAAUUGGGCCAGGACCAGCAGACCUAAUUGACUAAGUUACUGGUCACCUAAAACUUUACUUGAUGGGUUUUUGAGUGAUGGUAAUCCUGUCACAGUGUUUGAAACCUGUCAAAUUAUAA